GGAUGCUGAGGGGUGCAGAUUUUGGUUAAACAGGGUGUUUCUUUUAUCACGUUUGCGGUUUGAUUUCUUAUCUAGUUUCAUUUCUUGUCGAUUUAGUUUGUUUAGUUUGUCGAGUUGAAACACCAUGAAUAUCGCCACCGAGUUGUUCGUGGUCACUUUUAAAAUAAUCUGGUCGUUCGUACUGGCCGGUGCUAAAUGGUUUAUUCGUCCACGGGAGAAGAGUGUGGAGGGCCAAGUGUGCGUUAUUACCGGAGCUGGAAGCGGUCUCGGGCGGCUGUUUGCGCUCGAGUUUGCCCGCAGACGAGCGACCCUUGUGCUGUGGGACAUCAACCGACAGAGUAACGAAGAAACUGCAGAGAUGGCGCGAGAAAUCUACCGACAAUUGAAGCCCUCCACCGGGUCUUCAGAUAGUGUUCAGGAAUUGCCUCUUCUCCAGCCGAAGGUUUACACGUAUAUGUGUGAUGUCAGUAAACGUGAGAGUGUGUAUUUGACUGCAGAGAAGGUUCGCAGUGAGGUGGGAGACAUUGACCUGCUUAUCAACAAUGCUGGAGUCGUGUCAGGACGACAUCUUCUUGACUGCCCAGAUGAGCUUAUCGAAAGGACAAUGAUGGUCAACUGCCAUGCUCACUUCUGGACUACAAAGGCGUUCCUGCCAAAAAUGCUGGAGCUGAAUCACGGACACAUUGUAACUGUAGCAAGCUCCUUGGGGUUGUUUACAACAGCUGGUGUGGAGGACUAUUGCGCUAGCAAGUUUGGAGCCAUAGGCUUUCAUGAGUCUUUGAGCCAUGAGCUGAAAGCAGCUGAUAAGGAUGGGAUAAAGAUGACUCUCGUCUGUCCUUUUUUAGUUGACACUGGCAUGUUUGAAGGCUGCAAAAUUAGGAAAGAAAUGGCUCCAUUUUUCCCUCCACUGAAGCCAGAGUACUGUGUAAAACAGGCUAUGAGAGCCAUACUAACAGACCAGCCAAUGAUCUGCACCCCUCGGGUCAUGUACAUGGUCACCUUCAUGAAAACUGUUUUGCCGUUUGAUGCCAUUGUGUGCAUGUACAAAUUUAUUGGGGCUGAUAAGUGCAUGUACCCUUUUCUGGCUCAACGCAAGGAGUCGACGAACAACAACGAAUCAAAGACUGGAAUCUAAUUGGUUCUGAUUGAUGAAUUCUGUGUAGUUCCUCUGGAACGAUGAAAGCUGUACAUUUACAAGUCCUUCCUAAUGACAUUUUACUGCCAUCUUUUGAGAUUGCAAUAAUGACUGAGUAGAGAUUUAACUUUAAUUAUGAAAUGAUGUGUUACUGUAAGAUUAUAUAAGAAGGUCUGUCACCUAUUUAUGUGUACACAUUUUAUUUGUUGUGUGUUGUUGCUUUCCUUUCAACAUUCUAUGACUUUGUCACUUUAGAGGUUUGAUCCUCCCAAUAAUGAAGUGCAAUAUUGAAAGUAUUUCCUGUUGCCUUUUGUGGUCUUGAUGUGUUGAUGAUUUGGAUGAUGCCAAUGAUUGACAUGAGAUCAUCAAAACAUGCCAUAAGUGCAUAUUCAAUAAAUGAUGUUCAAAUGAA